AUGGCGAGCGUCUCUCAGAAUGUGAACGACGCAGAACGUCAAAAAAACAUAUUUGCAAAUUGUUUUUGGGGUAAAGACGAUGCUGGCUUCGAGGUACUUACCACACGUCUAAAACAAGCAAAGCAGACAUGCGAAGAAGUAAAGAAUUUAUUUCAUGAAAGGGCAUUAAUUGAAGAAGAGUAUGCUAAGCGAUUAUCAAAAUUAUCUAAAACUCCAUUUGGAAAAGACGAAAUGGG